AAUUCUGAAAUAUUCUGAAUCUUGCGAGCUCGCAAGAUUUCACGUUGCUUAGAUCCUGAGCAGCGGGUGAUAACGCACACACCGCCAUUUCCACAAGAUGGUGGCCCGAAAACACGGCUGCGGACUCUGGAUUGCGGCAAUUGCUGCCCUCAUCCUCUUGAUAUCACAUGCUACUGCCCAGCAAUGCGCAGAUGGGUUUACAUUUACCUGCUCUGCCGGAAAUUUCAUCAAUGCCAUCAAGGCAUAUGGAGAUGGGACAGGAUAUAUCCUCAUCAGACUCUCGUGCACAGACGGCACGUCGUUCGGCCAAGAUCAAGCUAUUCCGGCAGGCACGUUCAGUCUCGACGAAAGUGGAGUGGGAAAGUACUACAAUCUCCAAGCAAAGUACACCCCAAACCCGUAUUGCCAUGGGUCGAAGCAGAUCAGCAUGUUGGAUUUCACAAAAUGGGCCCCGACAAGCACCCGGCUUCCAGACGGCACCAUGUACAAUUACAUGUCCGAAUCUGGGUACUACUGCUCAUUGAAUAUCAACCAGCUCAACUGGUACUCGAGCUGGGAAUCCUUGGGAUGUGGCUCCGACGAGAUGUACAUCAAUAGUAUCACCUCCGCUGCCCGGACGCCCUAUUGGGCGGGAGUCAGUGUUACUUGCGCGUCUCCUUUCGUUGUACAAUCCGACACACUGGAGAUCCGCCCUCUCACAAACAGGACGAUACCUACCAGCAUUCUUUUUGCCAGUUCAGCUCGAGUGGCUUCAGCCGCUUCCGUCACUUGGAUCUACGAGAACGCAGAUGUGUACACGCAGCCUCUGUUUGGGUACUUCUUGGUCGGAGGCAAUCGCUUGGUUUGGGGAGCAACUUUCACAUCCGGGGACUUGCAGAACGGGAAGGUGACAUUCAUUCAUACGGCUUACGCAGGAAAUGGCCAGCCGAGCUCCUCGGGAAGCUUCAGCUUUGUUGCAAGUCAUUGAACGUUCUGCUUGUUCGGUUGAUGAAAAAACUGCGUCUAAUACGU